UUUGACGCCUUGCCGUUGCCCAUCCUCUGUGCUUCUUGCAAGCCAAUCAAAGGGGCACGUUUGAAAGCCGGCGGAGGCGGGGUCGGAAAAGGCGGGCGCGUUUCUGUUCCUCGGCGCCUUCCUCAGCAUGGAGGACGUGGUGGCCAAGUAUGUGUCCCAGAAAGUCAGCAAGACUCGCUGGCGACCUCUCCCUGCUACCGCACUGCAACCUCCCGAGAUCUUCGUUACCGGCUCGUGGGACAACGAGGAAAAUAAUAUUUCCGUUUGGUCUGUUGGAGACUUUGAAGGCUUGGGCCUGAGUGCAGAUUAUCAUGGAGAACCACAUCUACUAUGUGAUAUCCAGCACAGCGGUGAUGUUAUGGAUUUGCAGUUUCUGGAUCAGGAAAGAAUUGUGGCUGCUUCAUCCACUGGAAGUGUGACUGUAUUCAAGCAUCAUCAAAAUAAUGAGACUCUGUCAGUAAGCCGGAAAUGGGAGAAGGCACAUUACUAUAAUCCAUCAUAUAGUAGUGCAUCAUGCACUGGGAUAAUCUGUAACAGUCCUGAAAUCUUCAGUGUUGGAGAAGACGGCAAAAUAAAUUUGUUCACACCGGAACGUAUCGAUGCUGUUCGUACAAUUGACAAUGCUGACAGUAGUACUCUUCAUGCUAUUACAUGCCUUCGCACAACUGAGAUCCUGACAGUUAAUUCUAUUGGUCAGCUCAAAAUAUGGGAUUUCAGACAGCAAGGAAAUGAGCCAUCACAAAUAUUUUCAUUAACAGGGGAGAGAGUUCCCCUACACUGUGUUGACAGGCAUCCCAAUCAACAACACAUUGUAGCUACAGGCGGCCAAGAUGGAGUGCUGAGUAUUUGGGAUGUAAGGCAAGGGAGCAUGCCAGCUUCCUUACUAAAUGCUCAUGAAGCAGAAGUGUGGGAAGUACACUUUCACCCUUCCAGUCCUGACCAUCUGUUCACUUGUUCAGAAGAUGGAUCUCUGUGGCACUGGGAUGCAUCCUUGGAUGUAUCCGGAAAAAAAUCUCUGCUGUAUACAGGUGGGAGAAGCAGUACAUUUCUGUCUCACAAUGCAGUUAACCAGUCUAUAAUGACUCCUUGGCUAAGCAGUGAUCCUACUAAAGACCGCAUAGAGACUACCAAUUUAAUUUCAAGUCCAACACUAUCUGUUAAUAGUUUAGAUGUUUUAGGAUCAUGUCUUGUAUAUGGAACUGAUGCAGAAUCUAUUUAUGUUAAAAAAAACCUCUUUGCAUGAUUUUUAUUCAACUAAACUGUUCAAAUGCUAUUACUGUAGUUGCACUUUUUAAAUCUGAAUCCACAAUACUUUAAUGCAGCCAUUACCAUAGGGACAUGAUUUGAAAUCAGAUGAAAUUUAAUUUAUAAUAAUCUUGAGGUGACUACCUAUGUGGACUUUUCAAAAAUUAAGAAACUGCCAUUUCAUUAUUAAGAAAAAGUGAUCCUGGCUUCCAAAAAGUAAUCUAGUGGUUACAAAUACAAAUCAGGUAGCCAUAUUCAGUAACUGGAAAUUGAAAUGCAAGCACAUGAAAUCUUACACCUACUACAGUUUUCAACUUCUAGAAGAAACUUUUGUAUAGUUCACAUUGUUGCUCUUCUCCUUGGUUUUUAUAAUCUUUUUGAACAGUCGUUAUUAUGGCUUGUUCAGAAGUUGUUAUGGCUUGUUAAGAUUGAAUUGUGAGAUCUCUUUAAAAACAGCACCUUCAUGGCCUACAUAGCCUGUCUUGAGAUGACCACUAUUGUGAGUGACAGAAUUGUUAGACAGAUUUUUUUCUUAGGACUUUCUUACUCUGGAAGUGUGCUUAAGUUCAAAGACUUGGUGAAUUUUUUUCCCAGGAUUCUUGAUACUGAGGAGAUAUUUUGUAUUGUUUUUACUAAACCGUCACUAAAAGUU